AUGUCGCAACAACAACACCCACCGUUCACUUGUUGGAUAGAGUUUAGUAAUAAGAAAGACAAACUCACCUUCGAGAACACCGCCAACUAUAAUCGUCUCAUCCCUGUCAUUAGAGGUUCCAAACAACUCGCUGUAGGUGACGGUUCUAUCGAUUUGUUCUCUGAUGCAGCCAAGACCAUUCAACUUGAUGUUGAGACUCCAGUCGAUAGGAAUCUUCAGCGAAUCUAUGUCGCCACCACCCAACCACAGCAAGAUAGAAUUACGAAAUUCUCAGUCAACGGUGCAAUUUUACCACAAGAUAGAAACACAACAUACUUUUGGAUUGACACAAACACGGAUGAACUAAUUAAACAAAUUCGAUCUGGACUCUAUAUAUGUAUGUAUGCACCAAGGUCCUCUGGCAAGUCAACCAUAGCCUAUAGAAUAAUAGAGUUACUUCGUAAUGAUUACAUUCCCAUAGUAUUAUCUUUCGAUAGAAACUACAUAUUUGAUACACCCCAGUCUUUUUGGACAUCAUUUGCACGCGAUUUAACACUUUCAAUGAAGCUGGCAACUCCGAUUGAUGGAUUGGAUGGAGUUUUAUAUUUUUUUGCAAAAGGCUUACCUCAAUUUCAAAAUAAAAAAGUUGUACUAUUUAUAGAUGAAUUUGAUACCAUAUUUCCCGAUCAGAUGUAUGAAAGAAAUGAUAUGGAAUCACCAGUUCUCAACUCUCUUUUGACACAACUCAGGGCUUGGAAGCAGACAUUGCCAGAACUAAAAGUAUUACAUGUAAGUGUAUAUCUAAACAUAAUAUUGCCACCAUACUCACCAAAUACCAAGUCAGUUAUAUCGGUAGGAACUUUCUCACUUUUAGAAAUGACUACAACUAGAAUAUCUCCCUUUAAUACACCAAAUUCACUUGAACUGUCAUCAUUCACCUUAAAUAAUGUCUCCGAUCUAUUUGGCCUCUAUUCGAAGUAUAGUGGAGUCAGUUUUCCUCGUCAAGUCAUCUCAUCUAUAUAUUCCUUCUGUAGUGGAAUUAUUCAAACAAUUUGCGCAAAAAACAAAACUACAUUUGACGAUUCCGAUUGGACGAUGCUUUCAACUGUUGGCAUAUUUAAAGAAGUUAGAUCAUAUGUAACAAUUCGCCAAAUGUGUGUACAUCUCAACUCAAAUGGACCCUUCUUUGAAAAUGUUCGAAAGGCCUUGGCUAGUUGUGUGAUGUCUUAUCCUGAUUUUGUAGAAAGCAACAAUGAAAAUGAAAAAUACUUUCACUACCUAACGGCUGAGGGAUUCUUAACAGGUACGAAAUUUAACUCACCAUUCGAAGACAGAUAUUGUAUUAGAUCAAAAUUUUUGAAAAAUAUUACUUGUUUCUUUAGCAACUUGAGAAGUAGAGUUGAUGGUCGCAUCGCAAUUCCAUUCAAAACGAAACAUCUCGAACAAAUUGAUGUCGUUUCUCUUAUUAUAAUCUCCCUCCAACAAAUCAGGAAGGAUAUCAUUAUAGAUACGAGAUCACUCAAGAAGAAUCGCUCCAAUGGCUAUCAAAGGGAUGCAUUGGUCCCUUCUGAGUCUGUUUACCACUUUGAAAUCUACCAACUCAUUGCCCAUCAGUCAAACUUACCCAAUAUUAUAUACCCUGAAAUCACCUCGUCUUCAGAUGAUAAUGCAGACAGAAGAGCUGACAUGUUUAUCAAGUAUAGAAAUUGGUCAGUAGUCUUAGAGUUGGUCGCACAUCAAAAUCCAAAAGGAGUUGAAGCGCAUCUUGACUCUGCACUCGAGUACAAAAAUCGAACAAAUGCUGAUGAAACUUGGGUCCUUAACUUUACCUGUGGCCCCAUAGACACACAAAUCAAAUCAAAGAGCGGUGUUGGGCUCAUUCAUGUCUGUCAUAGUAGAGACUAUUCAGCUGUCAAUGUACAGGUUCAUUACCCCAACCAAGAUAUUGGAAAAACAUACCACGACACUCGUCAAUACCCUGUUAGUUGUCAAACUAGAAUAAAUAACAAUGAUUUCUCUACUUCCGUAUUUUGGUACAUAGCUAAAGAUGAAUCCGAUCAAAAUAUUAAGAAUAUACAAUUCACAAUCAAUUCAAACUUCAUCCGAUAUUUUGAAGAACACCCUUUGACACCAACCAACUUCACCUAUCAAACUAAUAACAAUGUAAACAACGAGAAUUACAAUUCAAAUAAACAAUUAUAA